ACCUUCACAGACUCUCUCCGAUUUUUUUCGCUUCAAACUAUCUACCAGCUGCAAGCACUUAUAGUACCCUCUUACUACCUCAUCUCAAGGCCACACAGUCAAGAACACCUGGAAAACUCGCGCUCGCUGUGUGACUUGUCACUGAUGGACUACUACGCUCUGCUCAAUGUCGAUGUAUCCGCGACACAGGCAGAGAUCAAGGCAGCCUACCACCGCGCCCUUCUUGCUGCCCACCCCGACAAGAACGCAUCUUCCACAACCGACAUUGCUGCGCUCAAAGAGGCAUACAGAGCAUUGUCGUCUCCCGAGUUCAAGAAGCACGGGCCACGUCCGGCCCAAAUCGUCUCGCUUUCCGAAUUCACAGAACAUCCAGAAGAUGAAACUUGGGACCAUCCGUGUCGAUGUGGGGCUCGAUAUACGAUUACGGUGUCUGAUAUGGAUACUGGCCGUCAUCUCGUCCCUUGCUCGAGUUGCUCAGAGGUCGUCUGGGUGGGGUAUGAGGUUUUGGACGAGUAG